CUUGUUGCUUGAAACAGACGAGCGCGCGGAAAGAUCGCAUAUAACUGUAUUAUCGACAACUUUAGCUUAUCAAAGAGUUAUCUCAGGUAAGGGUGUUCGCGAUACAGCCGUCGGACAAUAUGGAUGAGUCGCAACCUGAGACAAGCGAGAAUCCAGCGCCGGAGGAGUCUCAACCACUCGAUGCCGAAGCAAUACAGAUAGAAGAGAAAACAGAAGAUGAGCCCACUGGUGAAGAAGAAGAGCCAGCAGAUGGGGAUAAAGAGGAGACAACUAAAGAUAUUCUCAUGGAAUAUGCACCUUGGUUACUUGCAGCUGGAAUUGGAUUUUUACUUCUCAUUAUAGCAGUUGCUUUGCUGGCAAGUGCAGGAGCUGGACCUUUUGUAUUUCCUUACAAUCCACAAUAUUUCAAUGUACCUCAUUACCAAGGCUCAAUGCGUGUUCUCUCUGUUGAUGAUCAACCUUUGAAAUACAUUAACGACAUGAGAUAUAUAGGAAGCAGGGUUUCAACUAGUCUUCGAUACAAAAUUGAACCAAAAUUGAAGUACAUUUACUCAAAUGCUAGUAUGGAGGCAGAAAAUGUUGUUGUUAUAUCGUUUAAAUAUGGUGGUGCGGGUGAGACAUCAGAGACUCAGGAAGGUCGUUCCAUACUUGGCAGAUCAACAGAGGAUGGAGAAGAAGAUAAGGGAAAGAAAGCAAUUGUCGUCAGACAUUGGAUCUAUCUGAAAGAGAAUACCACUCUUUCGGAUGAAGAAUUAACGGCAAAUGUAGUUGCAGCCCUCGAUAAGGUUAAGGGUAUUGAAGUUGAUAAAACUUCUGUGGCAUUGAAAUCUUUGAAAAAUAUGACAAGACUUGAAGCUAUUCAAGCAUUAACUCAAGCUGGAUUCUUUAAGCAUGGACUCAAAGGACUUGAUCUUGGUCUACUAGAUAUCUUUGGAAUUGGACUAGAUAUACAGACAGAAGGGGAAGAAGAAGGACUUUGCAAAUCACUUUUACGUCCGAGCCAUGGAAGUGUAUCUCCCCAACAAUGUACUGCUUCUAUUAAUACUUAUGUUCAGAUGACUUGCAAAUUUGACUGUGAUGAUGGAUAUGAACUUGUCGGCUCACCAAAACGAGUCUGCCUCACCUCUGGUCUAUGGAGUGGAGAAAGUGUUAGAUGCCAAAAGAAAUGUCAACCAUUGAAGUUACAAUCUAUUGGACACAUGGAACCUCGUACAUGCUUGCAUGAUAUUGUAUCGUCAGGACAAAUGUGUUUUGCCGAAUGUCCUUCAAAUUCACACCGAAUGUUUUUUCCACCUACUAGUUCAUCCUCACUUGAGGUUAAAGAAAAAGACAUGUGGCCACCAUUAGAUUAUGAUAAACCACAGGAUACAGCAGAAUACAAUCCUUUUGAUGAUGUUAAAAGCUAUUUCCGUGAGUGUGGUGCAGAUGGACGAUGGACUGGCAGAGACGCUUCUUGCAAAGCUGUGUGUCCAAGAAUAAAUCCUCCUCCAAAUGGUGGUGUAUAUCCAGAACAUUGUCUUGUUGAUACAGUAGAAGGUGAAUCAUGUACAAUAAAGUGCGAUACUGGUUAUGGACUCAUUGGAGGAGGAAGUUCGAAGGUCAUUACCUGUGAUGUAUCAGGGAAAUGGACAAGAGAAAUCCCAGUUUGUGAAAGAUUAUGUCCUGUACUCACUGCAAGUUCAAAUAUGAUCAUAACACCGAAAAUAUGUUUGGCAUCUCCACAUGAAAGUACAAGUUGCAAAUAUGAAUGUGAAGCAGGCUAUUUACUUUCUGGGAGCGAGGAAAGAAUAUGUCGAAAUGGAGUGUGGUUGAAUUCAGAGCCAACUUGUGUUGCUGCUUGUGAUUCGAUCAAUCAUCCAGAUAAUGGAUUUUUACUAUCGCCUUCGGGACCUUGCAGUGAUAGAUCAUUUCCUGAAGGCACACAAUGUUCUUUACUUUGCGAUUUUGGAUAUUAUCCAUCUCAUAAUUCAACUACUUGCACAUCAUCAUCUGAUUGGAGCGUAACCAAGACGGAUCUAAAAUGCAUAAAAACUUGUGAAGCAAUUCCUCUAGAUGAGUUUGGUACAUGGUCAUCACCAUCUUGCCAUUUAAAUCAUUAUUCAUCGCUUGGAUUUUGCAAUUUGACUUGUCACACUGGAACUGUUGUGGGAAAAGCUUCAAUAACUUGUUCAGCAGAUGGAGAAUGGAGUGAAUAUCCUGGAAGAUGUAUUGAACAUUGUCGUGCACUCUCUGCUCCAUCUGGUGGAUCAAUGGAAAGCAAAACUUCUUGCGGUGAUGGCACUGCAACUGUGAAUACGACUUGUGAGUUCUCAUGUGAUGUCGGAAAAGGUCUAAUCGGAUCUAGAAUAUUGAAGUGUGAAACUGGCGGCCUUUGGUCUGAUGGAGACGCAGAACCAACAUGUCAAAAUGAACAGCAGUAUAUUAUUGCACAAUUUUGGGAUGAUCAUUUUAUAUGCUUGAGUGUUACUAAUGAUGGAAAAGUACAGAAGAUAGACAACAUUGAUGACUCGUGUGAAGAAAAGAAUGCCAGAUGGGCAAUCGAUGAAGAUAGAAUUAUGAGUGGUUUUGCAAGAACUUGCUUGACUGCUAAUGAAUCUUCUACUCUUCUGCAUCUGGAAGAAUGUGAUUCCUCAAACACAAAUCAGGAUUUUGGCACGGCAUUUGGACAUGCUAUUGAAUUAAUCGGUGGUAAUAGAUAUUUAACUUCAGGAUAUAGGACUAUUGAUCAACCUCAAUUAACGGAUUUUCACAGAGGACUUGGAGACCCUACUUUCCAAUGGCAAUUUUACGAUGCUGCGAGUGGACUUUCGUCAACAAGUGGUAGCUUGUAUUCAAUAAAAAAUUCUGGCAAAUGUAAGCCAGAAUUGGCAUCAGUACUUCAAGUCUCUGUCACACCUGCAUCAUGUAAUUCUGGCCCCCAGAAUGCUGGGACAACAUGUACUUUGAGUUGUAGUGCUGGUUCUGCUCUCAGUGACAAUUCACAAAGCACUGCUACAUGUACGAGUGGAGUUUGGGAUGUUGAUGCCAAUUUACAUUGUGCUAAGACCUCUCCCACUCAAUGUUUUGCUCUUGCCACUGACCCAUCUUGGGAUAUCACCAUCACCCCGAGUGAUUGUACGUCAUCACAAAAAAAUCCAGGAGAAAAAUGUGAAAUCGAAUGCAAGAAUUCUACAGCUAAGCAUCUGGAUGGACCAUCAUCUGUGAUGUGUCUGGAAACUGGAAGAUGGUCUUAUCAAUUUGCACCAGUGUGCAAACCACGAUGUCCCAGGCUUACCCUACCAGAGAAUUCCUAUCUGAUUACAACAGAUGCUUUGAAAUGUUUGGGUGCAAGUGGUAUGAUGUCUGAACCAGGCACCAUAUGCACCCUAGGAUGUGAAACGGAAUACCAGUUGGUUGGCCAAUCUAUAUUAACUUGCACAGAUGAUGGAACAUGGAGCAGUGAACCACCUAAAUGUGAACAAAUGUGUCAGGAUUUGAGUGGUAUAGAACAUUCUUCUUUAGUACAUUGCACUAAAUCCAAAAUUCAUGACAAAUAUCCAAGCGGUGUUUAUUGUGAAAUUGUAUGUGACCAAGGAUACCAUCUUGGUUUAUCAUCUGCGGGUGUAUCAUGCCAAGCUGAUGGUUCAUGGAUUUUUAUGGGUAUGGGAACGAUGGAGUGUCAGGAGAAAUGUCCAACUAUUGUUGAGAAAGAUGGACUUGUGGUAAGUCCAGUCAUGUGUGCUUUGGAAGCAGCCGUUGUGGGAACAGAAUGUACAUUCUCUUGCCAAGGAGCUGGUUAUGGACUUGAAUAUUCUUUUGAUGAAGAUGUUGAACGUGGUAUUGGCUCUGUAAAAAGGACUUGCAUGGAAGACAAGUCGUGGUCAGGCCCAGUAGUUACCUGCAGUAAGAGAUGUCCUGCAUUACCAAAAAUAGAAACUGACAACAGUGGCUUUUAUAGUCCAUCGGAAUGCAAUAAUCUACUUAUCAAACCCGGUACCAAAUGCAAACUUUUGUGCCAAGGGGAUGAUGCUGUUUAUGGAGGUCAGGAUACUUUGACUUGUGGACCUGGUGGUCAAUGGACUCCGGGAGAUACAUUCGGUACUUGUUCGCCUGCAUGUGGAGCCCUGCCAACACCAUCGCAUGCAACUAUUCUUCCGAGAAAAUGCACUGAAGGUUUUGUGGAAGCAGGUACUCAAUGUGCUAUUGUUUGCCCUGAAUACAUGGAGAGAUUAGGAUCUGGUUUCAGAGAAUGUUUGGGUUCUCCUGAUGCGUUUACUGGAUCACGUUGGUCGGGUGACUUAGAGCCAACCCGUUGUGUUGCAAGGUGUCCUCCAAUAUCUCCAAAUUUGGGUAGUUAUGUUUUCCCAAAUGAUUGUGCCCACAGAUCAAAAAUUGAAGGUGAUAUGUGCACUUUCGAAUGUACUCCAGGAUAUUCAUUGUCAGGAAUUGGAGCUUUGCAGUGUACGGCAGCUGGAACAUGGAGCGAAAGUGUUCCCACAUGCUUCCGGCCUUGUCCACCGAUAACGGUUGAUAAUGGAGACUUACACUGUGAUACAACAUCUGGUUCUUCGUCUUAUGGAUAUGGAUUUGUUUACAAGCCUGGAACUAAGUGUUUUUAUUCAUGCAACGCUGGUCAUACUGCAUAUGAACAAAACGAAAUAGCUUGUGACAAAGACGGAAUUUGGAAUCCAGCACCAUUUUGCUCUCCUGUAUCAGAUACCUUCCCUAUUAUACAAAAGAUCGGUGAAGUUACUGUAUGUUUACAAGCAUCUAAACUGGGAACUGAUGGAUCAAUAGAUGGUUCCGAAUGGCAUUUAUCAACAACUAACAACUCAAAUGCUGGUUGUGAGGCCGCAGGAAACAACGCUAUGUGGUUCUGGUAUAAUUCACUCAAUAUCAAACAUGCAGAGACUGGUUUAUGUUUAACUGCUGAAUCUGCUUUAAUUGAUGCAUCUUUACUGCUGCAACGAUGUGAUGUCACAAACAAAUUACAGCACUGGGACUGUGACUCAGAACAUCCAUAUAGAUUCAUAUUGAAGGACACUCCCUUGAGUAUUGAUACAAUGUACAAGGAAUUGGGACCUGUUUUACAAAGCAAAACACAUGCAGAGACAUAUUGGAUUACAUUCAAUUCAGUUUUGGAAACGACCGGCACUGUCUGUUCUAAUAAAGCAGUUGGGGCUUGCCCUCCUAUCAGGAAAAGAUUCAUGAAGUUAGUUCCUGAAAUUUGUACUACUGAUGAUGUUAUGAUCUGGCAACAAUGUGCUGCAUCUUGUGAAGAUGGAAGUUUGUUUGAUGGUGCAACUGAUAUUGUUGAAUGCCAACCUACUGGCGAGUGGGAAAAUUUAGAGAAAAUACAUUGCAGAAGAAAUUGCCCUGUUUUACCUAAAGUCGAACACGGAAAAUUCGAUCAAGAAAGUUGCACAGAAGAUGCGAGCAUUCAUCAGUCUAUAUGUUCUUUGUCUUGUGAUGAUGGCUACGUGCUUUCCACUGACGCAUCGGAGUCACCAUAUGUGUGUGAGGAUGGCAUGUGGGUGGGAGAUGAAGGUAUCGUCAGGUGCAUUGACAAAUGUAAAGAUCUUCCAGAAGCACCGGAGAAUGGAAAUAUUUUAUGUCGUGGAAAGGUUUGCAAUAUUAUUUGUGAUGCUGGGUAUAAAGUGAAAGGUAAUUGGACAGGAUUUGACUGCACAGAAGAUCACAUCAUUCCUAACGACACAUGCGUAGAGGAAUAUCAUUUCCGCUUGCAACUACAAACAACAGUAUUCUCGAAGACAAUUGCAACAUGCAUGAAGGUAUUCCGAGAUUUGAUUAUCAAAGUACCAUGCUUCUCUCCAGAUCCCACACAAUAUUGGAAAUGGCUUGACAGUGCUGAAGUCGUGGACGAAGAUUAUUCAAUGUUGAUGAGUAUUGCUUCAGGUCUGUGCAUGGCUGCAUCAUCGGACAGUGAAUUUGCUCAAAUAAUAUUAAAACCUUGUGAUGAAACAGAUGAAUUACAACAAUGGACUUGCCACAAUCAUUUAUUCCCUGGAAGAUUUGGACUUGUUUCAGAUGCUAAUACAUAUGUUGAUGCUGGUUAUAUCACAGAGAAUAGUCCCCCCCUAUUGAGAAAAGAUACGGCUCAUCUCAGGUCUGCAGACUGGCUGGCAAUUGAUACUAAAGAAAAUGCAAGAUAUGCUUGUGGAUCUCGUCGCAUCGGUGCUUGUCCAGUUCUUCCAAUUGGACCCUUCACUGCUGUGGAACCACUUGGUUGUAGUACAUGGGAUGGAUUACCCAUAGGCACAAAAUGUAAAACGCAUUGUUCAAAUAGUGAUUAUGAAUUAGCAAAUGGAGAGAGUGAACAUACUAUCAGAUGUCAGUCUACAGGUGCUUGGAAUGAGGACUUACAGUUAUGUGUUGCGAAGUCUUCAGCUACAGGUACUUGUGAUGCAUUCACUCUGAGUAUUGGAAUGCAAGUUUCUCCACAAAAAUGUGCAGCUGGUAGUGGUGAAGAAAUUCUGGCAGGAGAACUUUGUAAAUUCUCAUGUGAUCCUGGAUUCUAUCUUAAAGGUGCAAAAGAAGUAAUUUGCAAAAGCGGAGUCACAUGGACAGCUCCUGAACCAGCUUGUGUUCCUUUUUGCCCUGGUAUUAAACCUGAGCUGGGAGUCAAUGUAACUGAUGCUGCUUGUGUGGGAGUGACUGCACCAGAAGGUACUGAAUGUGAAAUCGAAUGUGCUGAUGGUUUUGUACCAGCAGAUGAUUCUCCAACUUCCAUAACAGCUACAUGUAACAGCAAGGGAACUUGGAAUAAACCAUACAUCAAUUGUGAAUAUUCUUGUCCUCCACUUUCUGGUAAUCCAAGUAAUGCAACUCAUAUUGCUUCGGAACUUGAAGACCCUGAUUUGUACAGAAGUACGGUGACAUCUCUUAGUUGUGCAGAAGAUCGUAGCCGUCUUAGAUCGCUGUGUGAAUUUUCAUGCCCAGAUGGAAAUGUCACUGUGUUUGGAGAAUCUGAAAUAACUUGUAAUGCUGGUGGGAUAUGGAGUGGUAGGACUCCAAGAUGUGUGCCGGAAUUCUACUGUCCUGAAGUCACUGAAACCGAAUCAACAAAAGCAAAUUACGAUAAUUUACUAGAUGAGAAAGCCGUAUUCCCAGGAACUGUUGUCAAGAUUCAUUGUGCUGAAGGAUUUAUUCCUGAUGGUGACGAUGUUCGAAAAUGUACGGUUGAUGGUUUAUGGAAAGGGGAAGGUCCCACUGUACCACAAUGUGUGAAGAAAUGUCCACCUCUUAUCACACCAUUUGCUACAGAAGUCGAGCCGAAGAGAUGCACAACAGGAUGGGUUGAGGAUGGUCUUGGUUGCUCUUAUGUUUGUGCUGAUGGAACAGUAUUUGCGGAUAGAGGAACAAAUUUACGUGUUGAAUGUAGCGAUGGAGAAUGGUCUCAUCCUGCACCACAAUGCUUAGUCAGAGAUCCCAAUGAUAUUGAUAACUUGAAUGUAUACAACGAUGAUGGUGGAUUCUUGAUAAUAACUCGUACUCCUGAGAGUGGUUGUCUGCAUGCAGGUAGUGAUAAUACUGUAAGAUGGAGACCUGCAGCUGAAUGUGACCCAAGACAAAUGUCAAAUCGUUGGAAGUGGUACGACAGUCAGCAGCUCAUGACUUUCCUUGGAGAAUUAUGCAUGCAGCCGGAAAAUCCAUUCAAUCCUAAUUCUACAUUAAUUGUCGGAAAAUGCAACGCAACAGCUUCAUUUGGUUGUGGAAAUCCUAGAAGUCUUUAUUUUAAGUACACAAUGUAUUCCUUCUCAAGUCCACAAUGGAGAUUAGCAUUUACGACUCACCCUUAUACUGGUUUACCUUAUGAGGUGUUCACUGUCAAAGCAGAAACAAUAUCACCGGAUCUACCUAAAGAUAUUUACGAAGGCUUGAAUGUAUAUGGAAAUGUUGAUGUUAUGAGUCCACGAACCACUGACAAAUCAGUUUGUGAAUAUAUGUGUGGUGGGGCAGUUCAUUUCGACAAUGAUUAUAAACCGCAUGUUAUAACGUCACCAGGAUUCAUUCAUAAUCAAGAAUAUCCAGCAAAUUCACAUUGUAAAUGGGAUAUAUUCGGUCAUGGUAGAAUUAUUACUUUAACGCUUCAAGAACUUGAUUUGAAAGGAGGAAUUGCUUCUACUGAAGAAUGUGUUUCCGAUUGUUUAACAAUUUAUGAAGGUGAUGGUUAUGAUACCGUUUUAUCUGAGAAAGUAGCCGUCUAUUCUGGUGAUGAUAUUCGAAGUCAACAUCCUAUUGUUAUACGUUCUAUUUCUCCUUUCCUUCAUAUCGAAUUUGUAUCUGAUGGCACAAAACAAGGAAGAGGGUUUGCUUUGCAAUAUGUGUUCGAAGAUCUACCUUCCCCACAAGGUAUAUGUGGACAUCGUGAAAAAUAUGAAAAUGAUAUUAGCUCUGAAGGAACUACAGAAGUAAGACCGGGACUACGUGGCAAUAGUGCGAACAUUGAAAAAUGGCCAUGGCUUGUCUCUAUAAGAGAGAAAUAUUGGGGCAGUUCGAAGGCGUAUCACCGAUGCACUGGAGCAUUAAUAUCAUCGGAAGUUGUCAUUACUGCUGCACAUUGUACUAGAUUUGUUGUACAAAAAUCUGCUAGUACAGUUGAUAUUGGGAUUGGAAUGACUUUACAGAAUGAUAUGGACAGAGCUAUGAGAAAUUUCACUAGAGAACCACUCAGAUCAAUGUUUCAUGUCUAUCAUGGUUAUAAUUCAGUUACUAGAGAUGGUGACAUUGCGAUAUGGAGGCUGAACCAACCAGUAACAUUAGGAGAUAGAGUAUUUCCGAUAUGUUUACCAGACAGUGGAUAUAGAGUCCAUGAACCUAAAAGCACCUGCUACAGUGCUGGAUGGAAUUCACUAACUCAAGGCAUUAAUCUGAAUCAAAUAAUGGAGUAUGAAGUUCAAACAAUUUCAAGUACAUGGUGUAAAGAAAUGUUGGGAUUAAACAAAGAUUCAUCAUUUGCUUGUGGUGAAAACAUCAACUUCGAUAUUUCUGGCAUCCAUGAAAAGACCGAAUCCGAGCCUUUAAUGUGUAACCAUAAUGGAAACUGGUAUUUAUCCGGUAUCAGAAGCUACACACAUAUCGGUGCAAAAGACACAUACAGACUAUAUACAGAAGUACAUAGAUAUGCAGAUUGGAUAGAACACACUAUAAAAACCAUGGAUUUAUAUUACACUUCACAGGGUGGACAUUUAGUCCUUGGUGGCAGUUAACGACUUAUCCAAUUGACAUUUCCUUCGUUUAUUUAUUGAUGCCAUAUUUUGUUUGGCAAUUUCUCUUAGGAAAUAAAAGUUUUAAAUAUA